AAGGCCGUACCCCAUUUUUCUGCAUUCCAUCCUCAUUCCAUUGCAUUGCAUGCACUACCACCACCUAGUACUUGACUAGUGUCGUGUAAGAACACAUAUCAAAAGAUAAGAGAGAAAUUAAUAUGGGUAGUGAGCAAAACUUGUGUGCUAGCAUGAGUGUAGUUUUCAACAAAAUGAAGCCUUAUUUGGCUAUGAUCUCCCUCCAAUUUGGGUAUGCCGGCAUGUACAUUGUCACCCUUGUUUCUUUCAAACAUGGGUUCAGCCACUGGAUCUUCGUUGUCUACCGUCAUGCAAUUGCUACGUUGGUUUUCGCCCCUUUUGCAUACUUUUUAGAGAAGAAAAUAAGGCCUCAGAUGACAAAAUCAGUAUUCUUCAAGAUCAUGGUGCUUGCUUUCUUGGAGCCGGUGCUGGAUCAGAAUUUGUACGGCGUGGGAAUCCAGUAUACAUCUGCGACUUUUGCAGCCGUCAGUCUUAACGUUCUCCCCGCCGUAACCUUCAUAAUGGCCGUCAUUUUCAGGUUGGAGAAGGUGAAUCUGAAAAAGGUGCACAGUUUAGCUAAGGUGAUCGGUACAGUAAUAACAGUUGCCGGAGCAAUGACCAUGACACUGUACAAAGGCCCGGCCGUGAAUAUCUUGUGGUACACUCACGGCAGCAGCCACCAAGACGCCGCCAGCAGUUCCGCCGGCCAGCACUGGGUCGCCGGCACAGUUAUGUUGCUCUUGUCUAUUGUGGGCUGGGCUGCCUUCUUUAUCUUGCAAAACAAGACAUUGAACGAGUACCCUGCGCCGCUGUCCUUGACUGCUUUAGUGUGUCUGAUGGGAACGGUGGAAGGUGGAGUGGUGGCUGCAAUAAUGGAGCACCGUAAGAGUGCUUGGGCUAUUGGUUUCGAUUCAAGACUUCUAGCUGCUGCCUAUUCUGGCAUUAUUUGCUCAGGACUUGCAUAUUACAUGCAAAGUGUUGUGAACAAGGUACGAGGUCCGGUGUUUGUGACAGCAUUCAGUCCUCUCACAAUGAUCAUCACAGCUGUGUUGGGAGCCAUAAUUUUGUCCGAGCAGGUUCAUCUUGGAAGUUUAAUUGGAGCACUGAUCAUAGUAUUUGGGCUAUACUCUGUGGUGUGGGGCAAAAGCAAAGAGAAUUCAGCUGCAAACAAACUGGCAUACGACGAGGAGAGAGCACAGGAGUUGCCUGUAACGGACAAGGAUAUGCAGGGCGUUGGUGAUGCAGAUAUAAUUGAAACUAUUGUGAAAUCAAAGAGUCAUCAGAAGAAGAAUUCCCCACAGGAAGGCGCAUGAAGAAGCAUUAAUUUACCCACUCUCCCACCCCCACCCCUACCCCUACCCCUACCCCUUCCCCCUCUUAUCUUUUGUGUCACAUGUAACAUCUGUUGCAAGAAAUGUUUGUUCAUCCUCUAAUGUUCGUGCAAUGUAUGGAAUGAGAAUCCAAUACUUGUUUUUGUGCUUCUUGUAA